AUGUCGUAUACCACCGCCAACUGGCACUGGAAGAACAAAACGGUGACGCCGUGGGCGAAGGAGUGGCUCGAACGCGAGCUCGUGCUGGUUGAGGUCCAAGGCGCGGAUGGUGCGGUUGUCCGCGUCGAGCGCGUAGUUGAGAUUGAUGGCGAUGUAGAGCUGGGGAGGCGCAAGUCGAAGCUGAUCACGAUCUACGAUUGCAAAGUAGUCCUGAACUGGAAGGGGACGGCUGCAGAUGGGUCAGAGGCGUCAGGUCGCCUCGUCGUCCCCGAGGUCUCGCACGAGAUCACCCUCGAUGGGCUCUCUGAUUACGUUUAUGAAUGGAGCCUCACCUCCGAUGCUAGUGCACCGUCAGCAUCUGUUCUUUAUGCGCUUGCCAAAUCCCUCCUUCCCGCCGCGCUCGAGGUGAAAUUCACUGCAUUCCCAGCUGCACUCGUUGAGACCCAUGGCAAAGACAUCAUUGUUGGGUCCACUGAGCCUAGCCGUACCGCGUCGCCUACGCCUGCUGCUCCCACCACUCCUCAGGCAACGCAAGCCUCUUCGUCUUCACCUGCACCUGCACCAAAGGUGGUGAAGAAGGUAGAGAAGAACAAAGUCAACGCGGCCCUCGUUGAGGUUGAGGCGACGUUCCAGGCAGCGGCGGAUGACCUGUUCUCGCUCCUGACGGACGAGAAACGGAUCCCAGCGUGGUCGCGCGCGCCUGCUAAGUCUGCCGCGCAGCCGGGCACAGAGUACACGCUGUUUGGCGGGGGCGUGCGCGGGAAGUACCUCGCUCUGAUGCCAGGGCAGCAGAUUGUCCAGACGUGGGCGUUGCAGAGUCCUACCUGGCCAGAUGGCCACGAAGCUACGCUCACCACAACGCUUGCGCAAUCAAUCGACUCCACCAAGGUCACGUUCGCACUCGACGGCGUGCCAACCGGGUCGGAAGAUGAAAUUCGCAGAAAUCUCGAGGGUUACUAUGUACACGGCCUCAAAUCCAUCGGGCUGGGCACCGUACUUUAGACGCCCGACCGAACGCAAAUUCAAGUCAAUUCGAUUGUUCGUCUUUCGUCAAGCUUCAAGCUGUAGGCGCGGUAUUGUCAAACUGGUGGAUUUUGGCUGCGGGAUAUUGUGGUUGACAGGUGUAGGAUGCUGCGAAAUGCGAAUAUAGCAAGGCGGAUCUCAGUCUCGAAGUAGAAGAAGAAAGUUGUAUUUGAGUUGUCUAGAAAGAAUUCAAAUCGAAAUUAUACGU